AGAGCCUAAAGAGAAGGAAGCCUCCAUUUCCGGAACCUAAACGGAGAAACGGGGAAGCUGCCUGAAUCGGCGACAGAAGAGCCCGGAUGAUGCAGAAGGACCGAGGAACCCGGCGGGGGAAGAAAGGAAGCGCCGCUAGAGAGGAGGAGGAGGAAAGCGUGCCCCGCGGAGUAGCCCUGCCCUGCCCUGCGGCGCCUUCCCCGGGAGACGGCGGAGAAAGGUCGGGAGGCCCUGGGGCUGCAGGAGGGAUGAGCCCAGGGGGACGCCGGGAAAGGCGGCUGCCUGGAGGGCGAUGCGGGGAGGAGGAAACGGGUGGAGACCCCGAGACGGGCCUGGAGGGCAGAGGGUCCUUCGGAAAACCCCGGAAUCCCCAAAGGAUCCAUGAGGAAGGAAGGAAAUAUCAGUGCCCGGAAUGCGAAAAAUCCUUCAAAACUAAUGACCAUCUUCAAAGACAUCUUCGAAUCCAUUCAGGAGAGAAACCUCACAAGUGCCUGGAGUGUGGAAAAAGCUUCAGUCAGUUGGGAAACCUUUCUAGACAUCAUAGGAUCCAUUCCGGAGAGAAACCAUAUGAAUGCAUGGAGUGCGGAAAGAGAUUCAACCUGAAGGAAAGCCUUAAUACACAUCAAAGAACCCACACAGGAGAGAAGCCACAUAAAUGCUUGGAAUGUGGAAAGAGCUUCCAUCUGAGGGAAAGCCUUUUUAGACAUCUAAGCAUCCACUCAGGAGAAAAGGAAUACCAGUGUCGGGAAUGUGAAAAAUCCUUCAAAACAAAUAACGAUCUUGAAAACCAUAUAAGAAUCCACACAGGGGAGCAACCUCAUAGGUGCCUACAGUGUGGAAAAAGCUUCAAUCAUAUGAGCAGCUUCUAUAGACAUAAAAAAAUCCAUUUACAAAAAACAUAUGAAUGCUGGGAAUGUGAAAAAUCCUUCAAAACAAUUCAAAUCCUUGAAGAACACCUAAGAAUCCACUCGGAAGAGAAACUUAAUAAAUGUCUGGAGACAACGGAGUCUGUCGGCAAUCCUGGAAAUCCACAAAGAAUAGAAAAGAAGAAAUCUCCAAAGGGAGAAAAGAAAUACAAGUGCCCAGAAUGUAAAAAAACCUUCAAGAGAAAUGGACACCUCCAAAUCCAUCUAAGCAUCCACUCAGGAGAAAAGGAAUAUCAGUGUCCGGAAUGUAAAAAAUCUUUCCGAAGAAAAGACCAUCUUCAAAGCCAUCUAACAAUCCACUCAGGAGAGAAACCUCAUAAAUGCCUGGAGUGUGGAAUGAGCUUCAAUCACAGGAGUAGCUUUAGUAGACAUCAAAAAAUCCACUCAGGAGAGAAACCAAAUAAUUGCUUGGAGUGUGGAAAGAGCUUCAAUGAUUGGAGCAGCCCUUGUAGACAUCAAACAAUCCAGUCAGGAGGCAAACCAAACAAUUGCUUGGAGUGUGGAAAGACCUUCAAUGACAGGAGCAGCCUUUAUAGACAUAGAAGGAUCCACUCGGCAGAAAAAUCGUAUAAAUGCCUGGAGUGUGGAAAGAGUUUUGGUCAUUGGAGCAACCUUCAUUUACAUCAAAGGAUCCACUCGGGAGAGAAACCGUAUAAAUGCCUGGAGUGUGAAAUGAGAUUCUGUCAGAGGAGCAGCCUUUAUAGGCAUAGAAGAAUCCACUCAGGAGAAAAACCGUAUAAGUGCCUGGAGUGUGGAAAGAGCUUCCGUCAGAAGACUAACCUUUAUCUACAUCAAAGGAUCCACUCAGGAGAGAAACCAUAUCAGUGCUUGGAGUGUGAAAAGAGGUUUAUGGAUGGUGGAAACCUCCGUAAACAUCAAAGGAUUCACACAGGAGAAAAACCAUAUAAAUGCCUGGAGUGUGGAAAGAGCUUCAAUCACACAGGACACCUUAUUACACAUCAAAGAGUCCACAUAGGAAAGAAACAGGAAACCCGCCUGGGGUGUGGAAAGAGCUUUAGUGAGAGGAGACCAGACGAAAAACUCAGGAAUUCCCAGGGAACCCAUGAGGGAGAAAAGAAAUAUCAAUGUACAGAAUGUGAAGAAUCUUUCAAAACAAAUAGAGGUCUUCUAAACCAUCUAAGAAUCCACACAGCAGAGAAACCACUUCAAUGUUUGGAGUGUGGAAAGUGUUUCACUCACGAGAGCACCCUUAAUAGACAUCAAAUAAUCCACUCAGGAGAGAAACUGCAUAAGUGCCUAGAUUGCGGAAAGAGCUUCACUCGGAAGGCACAUCUUUAUGCACAUAAAAGAAUCCACACAGGAGAAAAACCAUAUGAAUGCCCGGAGUGUGGAAUGAGCUUUACUGAAAGUGGAACUCUCCGCAAACAUCAAUGGAUCCACACUGGAGAAAAACCACAUAAAUGCCUGGAGUGUGGAAAGGGUUUCAAUACGAGAGGAACUCUAUAUACACAUCUAAUGAUUCACACAGGAGAAAAACCACAUAAAUGCCUAGAAUGUGGAAAGUGUUUCAAAAUGAGAGGAACUCUAUAUACACAUCAAAUGAUUCACACAGGAGAAAAACCACAUAAAUGUCUGGAGUGUGGAAAGACCUUCAAUCGGAGAGGAAACCUUUACAUACAUCAAAGAAUCCACACUGGCGACAAACCAUAUAAAUGUCUAGAGUGUGGAAAGAGUUUCUCUGCAAACAGAAGUCUCUAUAAGCAUCAAAGAAUCCACACAGGAGAAACCUCAUAUACUGUGUUUCCCCAAAAAUAACCCUAGCCCGAUUUUUGAGUGUGCGACUAAUGUAAGCCCUACCCCAAAAAGAGUCCUAGUGAAAGGAAGUUGGUAUCACCAGCACAGGAGACAGCAAAUCCGUGCAGGCUGACGGUGUCUGGUAGCAGCCGUAGCCCACACAGCGCAGGUGAGUUCAUUACCUGUGAAAACAGCAAGUGGAAGCAGGCGGGGGGGGGGAGGCAGGCUUUCCCACACGGGCCGUGGGAAAGCCAAGAGUCUACCAGAGUGGCCAGGGGAGGCUCAUCUCCGUGCGGUGACAUCAGUAGCAGACGGAGGCAGAGGUGCGGGGGUUAAGCAAGUGAUCCAGAUGUGCUGGGGGGGGGGAUUGAGAAAGUCCGGUCUGGGAGGCUCAUCUUCACAUCUCUCGGCUUGCCUGCAGCCCAUCCGCCGCAUCUAGAUCACCUGCUGUCCGCCUGCACCUCUGCCUCUGUCUGCUCCUGGUGUUACUGUGGCAAAACGAGCCUCCCAUGGCCAUCCAAAUUGCCUACCUCCCUCCCCCCCCCCUCCAAUCUCUGCUUCCAUCUGCUGCUUACAAAGUUACCAUAUUUUUCGGAGUGUAAGCUGUAGAGGAGUAUGAGAUGCAGCAAGGUUUUGAAGAGGAACAU